AUCUACACGACAUUAGUCAUAGUCAACUAGUGACGUUGCAGGUAUCGCUUUAGGUAAGAAGAAUGUAUCUAUCCCUUUCGUCUCAUAAUAUUUCGAUGUCCACAGGGCAAGCGGGCGUGAACCAGCUCGGCGGCGUGUUCGUCAACGGUCGGCCGCUGCCCGACGUGGUGCGUAAGCGCAUCGUGGAGCUCGCCAUCAUGGGCGUGCGGCCCUGUGACAUUAGUAGACAGUUGCUAGUAUCACAUGGCUGCGUGUCCAAGAUCCUCACGCGGUUCUAUGAGACGGGCAGCAUUAGGCCGGGCUCCAUCGGUGGAAGUAAAACCAAGCAAGUCGCGACCCCGACCGUGGUCAAGAAGAUCCUGCGCCUGAAGCAAGAGAACCCCGGCAUGUUCGCGUGGGAGAUCCGCGAGCGGCUGCUGAGCGCGCGCGUGUGCGAACCCCACUCCAUACCCUCUGUGUCGUCUGUGAACAGGAUCCUGAGGAACAGCGGGCUGGCGUGGAGCGAGGAUGAAGGGAGGAGUGAUUCCUACCCGCCAUCAGAACCUCAAAACGUCAUGGAUUACAUGUCGUUGAAGAACCUACCGCCGUCUAUGCCAUCUCAGCAGAACCCACCGUACUUCGCGCACACCGCCGUCAGGAUCCCGCCUCCUCAACCCUCAGAGCCGCUCUACGAUAGGCGGCUCGCCACCUCCUGGCUUCUAGCCAACCAAGUCCAAGCCCAAGGCCUCUUGAAACCCUACCCCAUAUCCCCAUGGCAGAGGAUCAUGAUCCCCUACCAUCCAGACUCAAAAAACUUCUCACCAUACGCCAUUAAUCUGCACAACGAUCUCUUAACCAGGAUCAAUCCGGAUGAAGUCAAAUCCGAGAAUUCUGAGCACAUUUCUGUAGAAGCGAGCGACGAUAGCAGAGAUAAACAGGAGACGGAAGAAGAAAGAAAAACGCCACAUGAAAAAGAGAAGAAGAAAAACCCUUACUCCAUCGAAGAGCUUUUGAAGAAGCCAGACAAAAUGGUGAAUUCGAAUCCUGUCGUGUUCCAGAACUUUCUGCGACAGCCUAGCGGGAGUAUGAUAGAGUAUGAGAGGGAGAAGGGUUCUAGUAACAGAAGCUCGCCUGCAAGCUUCUGCUCGGGGCAGAGUUCCAACGAUGGGUUCGCAGAAACGGACAGGCCUGAAAUAAAAGCAGGCAACUAAAAUGUGGUAGCAGCUGUUUAUCACUGGCCAUUGUAAGAAAUCAUUUGAACCAGUACCGAUUGUUUUAGAGAAAAAUGUACCUACUGUAAAUAAAUUUGCCAUAUUUCGGAAGAGAUUAUUUUACUCCUGCAUUUGGUUAGGUAUUUUAUUUGUAUGUAAUUCAGUGUUGUUAUAUGUAGGUAAUAUAUCUAGUAAUAAGUAAAGCCUUUAUGGUCGACGCUGAAUAUUUUUGCACGGGGAAAAGUUACGUGCCAUACAAAACUGACUUUCACCAGUGAAAGAAUAAACUUUAAAUUCCAGUGACAAUGCUGUAACAAAAUACCUUUA